AUGCCACGGCUAAACUGGUGGUUAUCCUUUACCAUCGCUUUCAUGGUGGUGCUUCUCGGGAACUGAGCAGAAUUUGAGCACUCGACGACAAGUAAAAAACAGAUGGACUUGGACAGCAUCAAGAAAUGGAACAUGUAAAUGUACAUUUUCACAAAUGGGGGUUGCAAGUGAUGUUAUACUCAACGUCAGAAUUUUAUCGCCACCUACAUCUCUCGCGUUCGAAUUUAAUUCUAAAAUAGUUCAUCCUUCUAGUACAGUUAAAAUUAUAAGUGACAGUGCGAAGCCUAUAUCUUGCUUGUCUUCAAGUUAUCCAUCCCCUGAAUACAAAUGGACAUUUAAUGGACAUACAACAGAGGUUAGUCAAGAGGCUACACUUUUUCCGUCUCAAGUUACAAGAGAUGGUCGUUACUACUGUUAUGCAAAAAACACAAUGAUACCGUCUCUAGGGAGUGAGGAAAGUGGCAGUGCAUAUGCUUUCAUCGACAUUCAACGACUGUGUAAGUUUAGAUUUAUUAGCACUAAAUAAAUAGCAAGAUAACAUUCCAUAUUUAUUGUUUUGUAUGUAUUACAAGUAAUAUUAAGUACGAUUAUGCUGUCAGUAGCUAACCUGUGAAAUGACAACAACAAAAGACUUCCUACAAAACGAAAUUCCUAUGUU